UGUAUAUGAGGAAGGAAACUCCAGGGGAGGUGGCUACUCGACUCAGAAACCAGAACUCCAGGAGGAGGAAUGGGGGCGGGGGCAGGAGAAGACGGCCCAAUACGGGCAGAAAGAAGCCAAAGCCUUAUAAUCCGUUGAGAAGUGAUUUUACAACCGCAGCCACACCGAAGGACGCGCUCCCAACAACUACCAAGGCAACCACUGCCACGUGGACUAAAAUAGAAGCGUUCGACAAGGCCAAAAGCAUGACGGACAGGUUUAACACCGCAGUUCCAUCGACGGGAAGCCAAGCAACGUCAUCAGGCCGAGUGAGUCACGAAGAGAACACAGUAGUCUCUUUAUACCAAGACAGGAUUGACCCUUCAGUGAAACCGACAACUCGCGCCGAGACAAAGGACACCCUUUCACCACACGCCAAACCACUGUUCGGGAGCACAACAGCCCCACUGGCGUCUCCUACAGCCUCUUUAACAGAAACAUAUAAACAAACGUCCCAGAGCAGCCAUCACAGAGCAGCCCCAGAAAGAGCCUCUCAGACUCCGAACACGCCGAGCCCAGUCCCAGAGCACUCGGUUGUGCACACGACAGCCAGUCAGGGGAAUAUUACAAGCGUCCCCCUUCCUGCAGUUAAACCAACCGAGACAACACAAAGGGGAGGCAGCGCUACUGUAGACCUUCACCCUGUUCCAAGUCCUGACAAGUACCCGGAGAAUCGCAACACUCGCCCGGGAGUGCCAGCAGAUGGACAGCUCAACACAACAGACUAUCGAUAUACAACAGGUACUACUGAGGUUAAAAAGGCGCCGGUCAAAGAGAUUGACAGCAUGUCUCCAUCUAUCCGGCAUGAAAUAACCAGAGCACACGGCACAACACACGCCCCGGGUGCCUCAACAAAAGAGUCCUUCCAUGAGGAGGCAGAACAUGAGGAGGCUCGGGUUAGCACCACUGAAAGGCUGGUGACAUCUGAAAGCUCUUAUCGCGGAUCCGGUCCCGAUAAAACAGACGCUAUUAAGCCCAGAACAACCUUUGAUGGGCACUAUAACAUCAGAGAAAGCACUUCCACCACAGGCAAAGACCAAACACCAGUGGAAAAUGUUGCAGUUUCUGUUGCUGCUACUACAACAAAGGAUGUUACUCCCACUAUGUCACCUGUCACCUCCACAUCAGUUAGGACAUCCAUAGUUUUCCCCUCUAGGGUGAGGCCUCAGAUCCCUGUACGAAACACUCCAUCCACUAGGGUCAGGACCCAACCUUCAUCCAGAACAGUGGAGGCUCCCUCCAACUCCAACCACAUCCCAGACAGUCACCGAGAGAGAGUCCUCAUCUCUCAACCCGACCAGAGGAACAACCCGAUCCUCAACAGAGGAGACUCCAUCCUAAUCACCAGAUCUGACCCCAACAGACAACCACCACCAGCCGACUCCCACACCACUACUAAACUAGAGUCAACUGACAUCAAGCCUGAUCCAGUCACCGGUGUUAAACCAACCACCACAGAACCCAGAACACCCCACAGGACAGUCACAAACACAAACACCCAGAUGAUCAGACAGACGACCAUUACAACCACUCUCGCGUCCACCACCACAAAGAGCUUUUCUCAGACUUCAUCAGUGUCUUCAUCGAGGCCUCAGAGUCCGUCCGGUGGGGGCCAGAGAACAGAGACCCCUACCCAGACACAGGGGUUAUCAGGUGGGGUGUCGGGAGGUGGUCAGAGACCCCCCGUAGCAGGGCCUGUUGUAAGAGGGAAGCCCCGGAUCACCAAUGUGGAUGUGCGGACAGUGACAGUGAAUGCAGAGAUGGAUGCACAGCUGCCCUGUGUGGCUGUAGGGGAGCCCAAGCCUUUCCUCUCCUGGACGAGAGUCUCCACAGGAGCAACAAUAGUCCAGAACACUCGGGUCCAGAGGUUCGAGGUCCAUCUCAACGGCACGUUUAUCAUCCGUAACAGCCAGCCCCAGGACCGAGGCCAGUACCUCUGUAUGGUCCAGAACCAGUAUGGCGUGGACAAGAUGGUGGUCUCCCUGAUGGUCCUGGCCCAGCAUCCCAGAGUGCUCCAGCCACGCUACCGCGAUGCUACCGUGUACCACGGGGACGGCAUCGAUCUGGAGUGCCAGGUACAGGGACAUCCCAUGCCCCGGGUCACCUGGGUGCUACCUGACAGGGUCCACCUCACUGCGCCCCCAGCCCCGGGCCCUGCCAGCCCAGCCAGUGGCCCCCAGCCCGGCCCACAGUCUGGCCCUAAGCACGUGGAACUCCUCAGUAACGGUACUCUUCGGAUAACCCAGGCCAGCUACACAGACAGAGGGAUCUAUAAAUGUAUCGGCAGCAGCGUGGCGGGAGCCGACACCGUCUCUGUCCGUCUCCAUGUGGCAGCCUUGCCUCCAGUCAUCCAACAACCUCGCUAUGAGAACAUGUCCCUCCCCGAGGGCAGCACGGCCUACAUCCACUGCACCGCCAAAGGAGCCCCUACGCCCGUCAUGCGCUGGACCACGCCCGAUGGAGUCCAGCUCCUCACCUCGCAGUUCGUCAACGGACGUAAUGUCUUUGUCUUCCCCAACGGGACCCUGUACGUCCGUGGGCUAGGCCAAGGCGACGCGGGGAGAUAUGAGUGUGUGGCCAGUAAUGCGGUAGGAGCCUCCAGGAGAACCAGCGUUCUGACAGUACUGAGACUCCCAUCCUCCACCAAGGCCAGGAUUACCUCCUCGUCUCCCCAGAGGUCUGACGUGGUCUACGGGGGGCUGCUGAGGCUCGACUGCAUUGCCACAGGAACACCAGAGCCCAGGAUCAUCUGGAGGACCCCCUCUAAGAAACUAGUGGAUUCCCAGUACAGCUUUGACCCCAGGAUAAAGGUGUUCACCAACGGUUCUCUGACCAUCCAGGCCACGACAGAAAAAGAUGAUGGGGACUACCUGUGUGUGGCCCGAAACAAGAUGGGGGACGACUACAUGCUUCUGAGGGUUAACGUGCUGACCAAGCCGGCCAAGAUUGAGCAGAAGCAGCUGCUGGCCAGUCAGAAGGUGAUGUAUGGAGGAGACCUGAAGGUGGACUGUGUAGCGUCUGGCCUCCCCAACCCUGAGAUCCGCUGGGCUCUGCCGGACGGCACCAUGAUCAACACACUGAAACAGAUGGAUAGUAGUGUUAGAGGUGGGCGCACCCGCAGAUACGUGGUGUUCGACAACGGGACGUUGUACGCUAACGACGUGGGGAUGAGAGAGGAAGGAGACUACACCUGCUACGCUGAGAACCAGAUAGGGAAGGAUGAGAUGAAGGUUCACGUCAAGGUGGUGGCGGACCCUCCGAUGAUCAGAGACAAAACUCAAAGCCCUGAAGUCAUCAGGGUUCUUUAUGGGGAGACCGUGUCUCUGAAGUGCAGUGCCAAGGGAGAGCCGACCCCAGUCAUCACGUGGCUCUCCCCCACUAACCGGGCCAUUGCCUCCUCCCCCACUAAGUACCAGGUCCAUAAUGAUGGCACAUUAGUGGUCAAGAAGGCGCAACGCUUUGAUGCUGGUAACUACACCUGCAUAGCUAGGAACAGUGCCGGCCAGGACCGCAAAGUCACCAGGGUGGAAGUCCUUGUGACGCCGCCGACCAUCAACGGACUGAGAGGUAUGGUCAAUUCUAUCAGAGUGACGGCUAUAAGGGACCAACGGACAAUGCUAGCCUGCGAGGCUGUGGGGACACCCAUCCCCCGGGUCAUGUGGGUGUUACCGGAGAACGUCAUCCUCCCGGUGCCAUACUACGGCAGCAGAAUGACGGUGCAUCGUAACGGUACAUUGGAUAUACGUUCGCCGAAGGGGACCGACUCGGCUCAGCUGGCCUGCAUCGCACACAACGAGGGCGGGGAGGCCAGGCUGAUAGUCCACCUGGAGGUUAGAGGGAUGGUAGAGAGGCCGCAGCUCAGAGAGCCCAAAACAGAGAGCCUCUCUCUAACGGUAGGCAGUACCAUGACCCUGAACUGCUCCUUUGAAAGAGGCCCAGCACCCCCAACGGUAACCUGGAUCCUCCCUAAUGGUUCCCCCCUCAUGAGGGGUGCCCAGUUCUCCAAGUUCUUCCACCGACCUGACGGCUCCUUGGUCAUCACUAACCCCUCUGUCUCUGAGAGUGGUAUGUACCGCUGCCUGGUGAGGAAUGUCGCCGGGCUAGUGGAACGUACUAUUACAUUAGCCCCGGAGAGGAAACCAGAGAUCAAUAACCGCUACAACUCCCCCAUCAGUAUUAUGAAUGGGGAGAGCCUCCAACUCCACUGUCUCUCCACGGGGGACCCCCUCCGGCUGACGUGGACCCUGCCCAGUGGGGUGGUCCUGGGGCGGCCACAGAGAGCCGGUCGCUACGCCGUAUUAGCCAAUGGGACGCUCGCCAUCCAGCAGGUGUCCGUCUACGACCGCGGCUCCUAUGUCUGCCGAGCGGCCAACGAAUACGGCAGCGCCCUGCUCUCCGUGCCCGUCAUCGUCAUCGCGUACCUGCCUCGCAUCACCAAUGGCCCGCCUCCUGUAAUGUACGCUCGCCGCGGCGUGGCGGUCCAGCUGAACUGUGUUGCCACGGGGAUCCCCCGAGCUGAGAUUGCCUGGGAGACGCCGGAUAGGGCGCGGCUAGCGGUCAGUGCCCAGCCACGCCUCUUUGGCAACAAGUACCUCCACCCACAAGGCUCUCUUAUCAUCCAGAACCCCACACAGAGAGACCAGGGCUCCUACAAAUGCACCGCCAGGAACGUGAUAGGGGUCGAUACUAAAGCCACCUAUCUACAUGUGUUCUGAUUAGCCUUAAAAAUCAUAUGCCCAAGAAACUGCGAAAGGAGCUGAGCACGGCCAAUGCUUUUCAUCCAUCCACAUGAUGUUGAAGAGACUUUGCAUCACUGUCAACUCAAAGUAAAGAUACACUUUCCAAUCGGUAGCUAAACAAACGAGCCUCUGUGUGCGCAGUAGCUGUGCUGUAUGUGUCCUGUGAUGUCAUUCAAGGCCAUAUUUCAGCUGCGUUUCAAAAAAAAAAAAAACAUUUUGCGACAAAGACAUUUUUCACUCAUCAAAAAACACUUUGCAAUGAAGGACUUUAAUAGAGAGCAAAAAACUGUAGUAUUACUAUUUGUAGCAUUUAUACAGACUGUAUAUGAGAGCAUGUGACUUUUCAUCUAGGCUGCUUCUCUUUUCCAUCUCCUGCGCUGACAAUGACAAUUGUGUGCCAAACUGUGUAGAUAAGCGUAGCUAAAUAUCUUGUUACGUUCGAUUAAUGCAAAUAUUCGAAACGAUAUACUGUUGACACAGAAAAUGGGGACGAUCUCAGGGCUCCAAGCAACAACGGCUGGUGUUACAAUUAUGAAUAACUGCUUCACAACCAUCCAUAUUAUCUUACUAUCUUAACCAAAGGUCUUUUUUUAAGGACCGCUAACCCUGCUAUUUACAGGAGCGACUCACACAGUACCGCUACUGUGAUUAUUGUACAUGCAAUAUGGUUUAGAUCUGCUUGCAACCCUCAUAGGUGUCAACAUCAGCUACUAAAAUAAUUAAAUUAUUUGUCUUUAACAGACUCUGAUGUAUAGGACUAUGACACGUUUUUAAUAAAGAGACGCUCAAAAUCCAUCGUAAUCUUGGAGAAUAUCACUUUCUGUAAAGAUUGAGAAAAGACUAUGGAUGCAUCCCAAAUAAUGCACUAUAUGGGAAAUAGGGUGCGUUUUAAGGUGCAGCCAUAGUUUAUGGGCCCCGGUCCAAGUAAGCACACCACAAAGGGAAUAGGGCGCACUUUGGGAAGGGGGUAAGAACUUCAAACUAGGUCAGGACAGAUUAAGGAUCCGUCUUCCAAGAGUAAACAUUUCAAACGUAGCUCUGGGAUUUAUUAUACAGUCAUGGUCCCUCUCUUGCGAAAAGGAGAACCAUCUGUUUGUGUGGGAAAUCCCCUAUUAGUUCACUGUUUUCCCUCUGAAAGAAUUACUGCUUUAACUAUACAGACUUAAUUGUAAUCGGCUUUCGUGAUUUAUGAAAUCCACUCACAACUUGAAGUGGUGCAGUACCGCUGCGACAGGGAUGACGUAGAAAAUGUGUUUAUUUGACUAUUGAUGGACCUGCUCUUCGGGAAAUGGGCCGUACGAUUGGCUGUUGAGCCCAAAGAAUACAUUUUCCCUCUUUUGUUUGAAAUAAUCAAAGAAGUAAAGGCUUUAGCUGUCUCUCACUGACCCAUGCCCAGGUCAAACACAAAGCAGAAACCACCCAGGGCAGCUGCUCACAUCUUGGACACACUUGUGGUCAUGUCUCCCCCAGUACUAUAGAGAUGAAGUCAUCCAUUUUGCCAUUAAAGUACCAUAUUGUCAUCAGCACUAAGUACUGCAGUCUUGCUGUGUUUAUAUGAACUAUUUCUUUCCAUUUCCACCUCCGCUCUGCUCUGUCUUUAACAUGGUUAACGUAAUACCUUAUUAUGCAAAUGGUGAGACUGAUGACAUCCUAGGAGAGAGUGAGAAAGACAGAGAGAGGAUGAGAGAAAGAGAGAGAGAGAGGUAGUGAACCUCAUGGGCUCCUGAGUUCUUCUGCAAAAAGAUAGAAAUAGAGUUGGAUAAAUGUAGAUCAACUUGAAAUGUUUUGCAAGGACUUCUACAGGAUACUACCCUCAACAUCAAAACCUUCAAACCAAAUCCAAAUCCCAUACUUAAAAUGACCUGGAUGGACUAUUGCUACAAAGGACUAACCUGUACGUACCCUCACACUUUGACUAGGUACCAGUACCCCCUGUAUAUAGCCGCGUUAUUGUUAUGUAAUUUCUUGUUACGUUUUGAUUAUAUAUAUAUUUUUUUUAAAUUAAAAAGUACUUUAGUUUAUUUUG